CUAAUUGAAAUUAACCCAAUAACAGCCGGAGCUUUGCCUUUGAUAUGAAAGCAGCGCCGGAUCUUUAAUUUAUUUUUCAGUCUUCUGAAAGCAUCCUCUCUUACUAGGCAACAGAAAUACAGGGAAUGUGAAACCAUAAGUUUUGUCCUAUUUUUUUAUUAUUAUCCCAAUUUUCUCAGUAUUAUUCUGAACCUCUCCUUUGUGGCUGGCUAUAGUGGAACUGUGUCUCUGGGUUUAUAGAUGGCAUCUCCUAAGGAAGACUGUUCUAGCAUCACUCUUGCGUUCAUGGACCUUGCUAUACAACAGGCGAAGCUUGCCUUGGAUAGCCUUGAAGUGCCUGUCGGCUGUGUGAUUGUUGAAGACGGAGAGGUUAUAGCUUCUGGAAGAAAUCGAACUAAUGAGACGCGAAAUGCUACAAGACAUGCAGAGAUGGAAGCAAUUGAUACUGUUCUUGAGAAGUGGCAGAAAAAGGGGCUCUCAAAAUCAGAAACUGCUGAAAAUUUUUCAAAAUGUAGCCUUUUUGUUACAUGUGAACCAUGCAUCAUGUGUGCAUCAGCCUUAUCAAUUCUUGGUAUAAAAGAAGUAUUUUAUGGCUGUGCAAAUGAUAAAUUUGGAGGGUGUGGAUCAAUACUGUCAUUCCAUUCAAGCAACUCUAAUCCUGUCACCAGUGGUGGACUUCCACAAGGAAAGGAUUUCAAAUGCAGUGGAGGAAUAAUGGCAUCUGAAGCAAUAUCUCUUUUCCGCAGCUUCUAUGAGCAAGGGAACCCUAACGCUCCAAAACCUCACAGGCCUCUCAUUUUGCCAGAAACACAAUGAUUUUUUUGGAUGCAUUGCUAUUUUGCUGUGGGAGGGCUUGAAGAAAAUGUUCAGCUUUAUUUUGACUUGAAAUUCUCAAUUCAGUUUUGCCAUUUCUACACAAAUUAGAUUCUUUGUAAUCUUGGGAAAAUUUUGGUUGUCUUCUACCUUUACAGAUUCUGAACAUUAAGCUUCAGGACCCAUAAUGUGUCCAUUGAUUAUUAUGGUUGAGGUUGGAAUUUUGAUCUUUUAUGUUAUAUAUUUGGUUUGUGAUAUGAAGUUGUAAUGGUAUUGAAUUCUGUAAAAUAAGAAGGUAUUUUGGUGAUUUGAAAAAUUCCAUUGGUUUUUGAAUGUAUAAUAAGUCUUAAACUUAGAAAUGAUGAAGCAUCUUGUAUGGCAUUAUAGUAUAUAAAAAAUAAAAAAGAUUAAUGACA